CUCUUCUUUUGGAGAUCAAUAAAGGUCGCAAAUAUGUAAACAAGUACCUGACAACACAAGAAAAUGUCUCAUAUUUACUUGAAUAAAACGUUUAUUGGCAAGGAUAUCCAGAACAGAUUCUUGUAUGCGUGUGAAAAAGGAGAAAUUUCGACUGUGACAAAGCUUAUCCGUCUUCAUGUGUCGCCGAAUACGAAAGACGAGUGGGGGAAAAGCGCCCUGGCUAGGGCAUGCGAAGGUGGUCACACCGAGGUUGUGCGGCUGUUGAUCGAGGCGGGAGCGACCGUGAAUGUAGUGCAGUCAGGUCGUGUUACCCCGCUUCACCUCGCUGCAAAAGGUAAACAUACAGAAGUUGCGAAGCAUCUUAUUCUGAAUGGAGCCACUCUUGAUGCUAAAACUACAUCGGGAUUAGCUCCCAUAGAUUUUCUACAACACGAAACAGAGUUAUGGAACUUACUAAACGAUGCCUUACGGGGAGAAAUGCCGGAGCUCGAUGAAAUUCCGGACGUUCCGGAAAUUCCCGAUUACGCUCUUCCGGACGGUGCCGCACCUAAGAAGGGCAAAAAAGGCAAGAAAGGGAAGAAAGGGAAGAAAGGCAAAAAGGGAGGCAAGAAAAAGGGCGGAAAGAAAAAAGGCGGAAAAAAGAAAAAGAAGAAAUGAAAAGGCAUUUAUUUUUUUAUUUUUUAGAUAUGCAAAAUAUGUUGAUUAUACGUGUAAUUAAUGUGUUUUUAACAUAACAAAGUCUGUGAAUUUCAUUUAUCUAUAUCCGUGCUUAACUGCUUGAUUAAUAAAUUGUGCAGUAUUGUUGUUAUAACCCUGUGCUUUAAACAAACUAUUGUCGUUAUAUACCAUAGUGUGUAUACGUUUAUUUAUUAUUCACUCUGUGAUGUAUCAAAGAUUAUGUAUGCAUGAUUAUCAAUAGGCCUGUGUUGUUAUUUGAUUAUAAGUAAAUAUUGAAAAAUGUAUUGGACUAAUAAAAAAAUGUGCAAAGAU